AUGUUUUUCUACUCGAGAUUAAUAUUCAUAAAUUUUACAAAUAAAAAGAAUGUUGUACAUUUAAUAAGAAAUUUAACAACUGAAUCUAUUCGUUUCGAUGCUUGUACAGGUUGUGAAAUACCUUGUAAAAACCAUGUUUCUUAUCCAUCUGCAAUAUUUAAAGAAAUUGAUCAAAGUGAUAUGAGAAAUUCUGUUGAAAAAUAUCGUCGUCAUUUAUGUAUUGGACAAUCUAUUUUACCUUCUCAAUGGCCAAAAGAUGUUAAAGAUUUACAAGGAAAUUAUAUAAAAAAAUUAACAAAAAUUUUACAAGAAAAUCAAAAUUCUAUUGAAUAUUCAAUUAAAUUAACGGCAACAUCGAUAGUUUCACAAAAUAAUUCAGAAGAAAUAGCUGAUUGGUAUUUAUUUCCCGAUCAAAUUAAAUUACAUAAUGUUCAUAUUAAACAAAUAAAAGAUAUUGUUCAAAAAUUAUUUGUUAAUGAUCAAUCAAUUAUUAAAAUAAAAGACAAAACAAAAACCAUUGAAGAACAACUUAAACAAAAUAAUCAUUUACCUGUAUUUUAUGAGAAUGUUAAAUGUGAAAAAUUACAUGGUCUGUGGAUACUUGUUUGUUGUCAUUAUCAACGUGAUCAACGAUGUGGAGUAAUUGGACCAAUUUUAGUUGAUGAAAUAGAAAAGUUUGUUCGUAAAACGAAUCGUACCGAUGAUGUUCAUUGCUUAAAAAUAAGUCAUGUCGGUGGACAUAGAUUUGCUGGUAAUGUAAUUAUUUAUCCAUCGGGUACAUGGUAUGGUCGAGUAUUGACAUGUCAUAUUCCAUUAUUAAUUGAUGCUUAUACAUCAUCAUCAACAGAUUUAAAAGACAAAUUAAAACCUCUUCUGCGUGGAUAUUUACAAACAAGUUGA